AUGAGAGAAGAUGCGCCCCGGGACGGUGUCAUCUGCUGGUCCCAGCCAGGGGCGGACGCGGACGAGGAGGAAGACCGCGGGAAGGAAACGUGGUUCAAGCAGAAGACGGAGGGGGAGAUAAGCCUUGGUCUUUUCCCUAUCCGCCGGGGCGGUCAGAGGCCGCACCUCUCGUGUGCGGUGGCACCUCGCAACGGGGCCCCUCUCCAAUCACUGGGCGGGCAGGCCGAGCUCGUUUCCGUGCAGGCAUUGUCAGACAGCGUCAGGUCGGGGGUACCUCGUCAUGGAGGCCGGACUAGCGAGGCAGGCCUUCUGCACAUCACCUGCACGGGCGGCGUGCUGGUGGGCGUCGUGUGGUGGCCCGCUCGCGAGAAGGUCGACAACAAGAUUGGCGCAGGCGCAUGUGCAGAGAGAAGGGGCAGAGGCGGAAGCCUCGGAAUCGGGUCACCACCGGCACAAUAUUUCCGUUGCUUGUGGUUCUCAAGGGUCUCGAGGGCCCACCGGCAGCAGCAGCAGGAGGAGGCGAAUCCCUCACACGCCUGGGCGUCGCUUGGUCGCUUGGUCGCUGGGUCGCUGGGUCGCGGCGGCAGGUGGUCUGGUCUGGUCGUGCAGCAUCCGUGCCUCAGGAGCUCGGGAGCAGGUACCAGAGGAGGCAAAGGGUCCAAUCUCGGGAAGUUGCCGCCCGCGCACACCUGAUCCGACACCUGCUGUCGAGAGGGCUGCUGGCGAGGGCUGCGAGUGCACGGCGUGUUGAUGUCAACAGGAAUAGGCGGGGUGAGGCCAUGUCCAAAAUUGAGUCGGGCAUGGCAUGGCAUAGCAUAGCAUAGCAUGGCAUGGCAUGGCAUCGCGUUAGCAGAUACGCUUUUUUAGUCGAACCCGACAGUCUGGGUCGGAGAGAGAUCUGACAACGGCCCUACUGCGCAAAGGCUUCCUUGACGCCGCUCACCAGGUUCUUUAGGGUGCUUGCUAAAUUAGUGGGAGACGGCACCGGCAGUCCAGGAACAGCCCGCCCGCCCAGGUGGGUUGCGAGGCAGGUAGGCAGGCAGGCAGGCAGGCAGGCUGGCUGGCUGGCUGGCUGGCUGGCUGGCACGGCUGCUGGCGGGCUUACAAGGCAAGCACCAGCACCGGGAGGACUAAGCUUUGUUAGCAUCCUCGAGUCACGUUUUCCCCGAGACACCUGACACGGCCGGCCAGGCCAG